AUGAAUCUCCUCUUAGGUGGCACUUUAGCAGGAUUAAUGAGACCUCACUUCUUCAAAAGAAUCGGUCCCGUCCAACUCGUCAGAUCAAUGCUCAGACAGAAUAUUCUCUUCCAAGCUUCAAGAGCUGAGGUUCUUUAAUAUGACAUCGUUCAAAGAGGAAUGGGAUAGUUCCAUGAUCAUAAUUAUGAAGAGAAUGAUGGAAUAUUCACAAGACCAACACUCGAUCUUUACUUCUUGAAUAAAUACUGGAACUUCUUAUCAAAGGAUCUUUCAAGUGAAGAAGUUGCUGAUUUAGAGAAAGCUAGAGGAGUGCUUUCCAGCUACGAGAAAAUGUUCACUAUCUAUGAAUAUGUUGCUGACUUCACCCAAAUCAUGACAGUCCUCGAAAUUAGAUAAGCUGCUAAUAACCCAUCUAUUCCCAUGACUAUUUACAAAAAAUCUCCACACAACAAACCAGAUCAAAUUUACAAAGAGAUGGAGUUAUUACUCAAAGCAUACUAUAACUUAAUCGAUAGCACCUAAGACUACCCAGAAUGGUAAAGAAAGAUUGAGGAUGAUCUAGGUUAAAACGUAGCAUACAUGGCUAUCGGCUUUGAUGAGUCAGUCAGAAACGCUCUCGUUGAGAAUUCUGAGGUCUUUAAUAGAUUCGACUUAGAGAAGCAAAAGUUCUUCAAGUGA